CAACCAUCAAAAAGUGAAAUUUAAAUUAUCAGUGUGCUUAUUGUUUUGUCUACUUUAGACUCUAUCACGUCUAGGACAUUUAAGUUGUUCAUUUUGAGUGAUUACCGGACGGUUUAAGUGUGACAUUUCUGCGUUUGAAGCGUUCAGUGCGCGAGGUGCAGUGAUCCAGAAAUACCACAACAACAACAAUGGCGGCGGCUCUAGCUAUCUAACCGCUGUAAAAACAUUCCUAUCUACGAGGGCUUCGACAUUGGUGUUUUUUCAUGAUUGACACACAGGAGAUUCUGACUCCGAGUAGACAAUUUCUUUUAGGACACAUCGUAUAACCCUUCCAAAAUGCCUCCCAAACGGAAAGCGGCCACUAACCACUCGACCAUACCUCCCCGGUCCCGUACAACAGUGACAACUGAAGUUGUUAAUGCCGGUGAAAACCAAUUUCUACCCGUACAGCCGGGGAUUCAGAGGCCAGCAACAGAGGAAACGCCCGGAAGACUCAUACCAGAGUCAGAAGUUGAGGCCAUUGUACAGAGAGCUGUCAAACAAGGAGUAGAAACUGCAUGUCGGCAGUUUUUCCCUCACCUCAAUGACAUGACAGCUGUCAUGCCAGCUACAUCACGACCACCAUCUUCUCAGGACGGCGCAACAGCAUCAACAGCUUUGCCACAAGUCAAUGAAGCUGUAGGUGAGGAAACCGUAGUUCAUAGUGCCUUAAACGUAGCAGCAACUGUGUCCCAGGUAUCCCCAGUUGAUGACACAGAUGCGAAUCCCUUUACGUCGACUGCCAUUCCACUACCAGCCUUAGUGACACAGGUGGUGAAAGAAAAGAUCUGGGCUGGCGAAUAUAUAGACAUGUCCCUUAUCGACAAAAAAGAUAAUGCCAGCUAUGAACAGGUGAUCAAAUACCAAUCGGGGGCUCCUGUGGUACAGUGGGUACCUAAACAUAAACCCAAAACCCUUUCCAUUGACCAAUGGACAAACAACUUCCACAUUUUUGCGAGUAUUUAUUGCGAAAGGAAGUCGAAAGAGUUUGCAGCACUCCUAAAAUAUGCCUCUUUGGUUCGAAAACUAGCUACAAAAGGAGCUGAUUGGCAGUAUUAUGAUAGCUCUUUUAGACGCCUUCAAGCUGCCAAUGGAGAACAGGGUUGGGACCGUGUGGAAUGGGAGCUGUGGCACGAGGCCAUUAUGCGUAGACUCGGUCAACCCUCCCAAUCAACCAAGCAGUCGGGUCCCCACCCCAAGGGUUUCUGCUUCAAAUUUCUAAAUGAUAGAAGUUGCCCUGGACCCAAUAGCGGCUGCAAGCAUUUCCACGGCUGUACCACCUGCCAAGGAAGUCAUCAUCCAAGCAACUGCCCCACACUCUCGCAUGCUCCACGUUCCCAUUUUGGAUCAAUGCAAAAUUUUCGUCCCCCACGACAGCAAUACCAACAAUAUUCUUCCAACCGAUUCCAACCAUACACCCCUAGAGCACAGGGUUUCCCCAGACAUCGUCACCCCUAUAAUCGCCGAUAGACUGGCAGAGAUGUUAGACGGGUAUGAUGUCGGGAAGACACAAUAUCUUGUUAAUGGUUUUAAGGAGGGCUUUCGCAUCCACUAUGAAGGAGGGGACUUUCGCCCAACUUGUCAAAAUCUAAAAUCAGCUAAAGACCUCCCCGGUGUAGUAGAAGAAAAACUUAAGAAAGAAUUGCAGGGUGGACGAAUUGCGGGCCCCUUCAUUAAUUCACCCUAUGAACAAUUCCAUGUUAGCCCUAUAGGUGUUGUCCCUAAAAAAGAACCUGGCAAAUUCCGCAUGAUCCAUCACCUUAGUUAUCCAAAAGGCCUGUCUAUCAAUGAUGGAAUCAGUCCUGCGUCUUCUACAGUACAAUAUGCUACAAUUUCGGAUGCUAUUGGCCAUAUUAAACAACUAGGUCAAAAUUCUUUUUUAGCUAAGACAGAUAUAGAAUCUGCAUUUAGGAUUGUUCCCAUUCAUCCAGAUGAUCGUAGAAUGUUAGGGUUAAUAUGGGAUGGAAAUUUCUAUUUUGACAAAUGUUUACCAAUGGGGUUAUCAGAAAGCUGCAAAAUUUUUGAAGAACUCAGUACUGCUUUAGAAUGGGUGGCCUAUUCAAAACUCAAAGCCCCAUCAGUGGUUCAUGUUUUAGAUGAUUUUCUGUUCAUGGCCACCACAAAAUCAGAGUGCAUGGCCAUACUUCAAAACUUUCAGGAUAUGUGUUCUUAUAUUGGUAUCCCAUUAGCCCCAGAUAAGACUUUUGGCCCAGAACAGGUAUUGCCAUUCCUGGGGAUUACCCUAGAUACAACAAAAAUGGAAGCUAGGCUCCCUCAGGAUAAAUUGGACCGUUGCAGAGACUUAAUAACAUCUUUUAAAACCCGUAAAAAGGUCACAUUAAAAAAUCUACAGUCUCUCAUUGGUACGUUACAGUUUGCCACUGCAGUUGUUUUGCCAGGUCGUGCCUUCCUACGUCGUCUCAUUGAUAUAACGAUUGGGAUUCAAAAGUCAUUUCAUCUUGUCCGCCUUCCAAAGUCUGCUAAAGCUGACCUCAUCAUGUGGGAAGAAUUUUUACAAUCAUUCAAUGGUUCUCAAUUUUUCCUAGAUGAUAGGUGGAUGCUAAGUGAUAGUAUCAAUUUUUUCACAGACUCCUCUUAUUUGGGCUUUGGGGGGAUGUUUGGAAACAAUUGGUUUUACGGUACCUGGGUCAUCAAAGUUCAAGAACAAAAAGUAAAUAUAGCCAUUCUAGAGCUUUAUCCCAUUGUGUUGGCAAUCCUAGCUUGGGGGGACCAGUUAAAACAUAAGUGUAUUCGAUUUUUCACGGACAACCAGGCUUUAGUUCCAGUGAUCAAUAAACAAUCAUCACGAGACCCAAUUCUCAUGAGGCUUGUACGCAAACUAGUACUGUCAUGCCUCAAUUAUAACAUUCUCUUUAAAUGUGUUCAUAUAAGAGGUCACGACAAUUCGCUAGCUGAUGCCUUGUCUCGUUUGCAGGUCGAGAAGUUCAAAAAAUUAUGUCCCUCAGCCUCCCCAGAGCCAACGCAAGUACAGUCUCUAUUGGACCAGGAACUUUACCUACUACCUUGACUAAGUUACUUGGCGCUUGUCUUGCACCAUCCACAGAACGUACAUAUAACAAGGUGUUGUCAGAUUUGGACAAAUUCUGCCUCUCAGUUCUACACACACAUGCACGCCUCCCACUCAAUUACGCAACAGUGGCUCUCUAUAUUGCCCAUUGUCAUGAAAAGGGCCUUUCAGCCUCGACUAUUUGUUCACAUUUGUCAGCAAUCGCCUAUGUUCAUAAUAUAUCCGGUCUUGCCGACCCGACAAAGUCAUUCUCUAUUAAAAAGAUUCUUACUGGUGCAUCUAAAACUGCACCAACCUAUGACACAAGGCUUCCCAUUACGGAACCAAUACUUCAUAAGCUGGUUUCUUCCUUGACUUGUCUCUGCCCCGACCUGUAUGACCAACAGCUAUAUCGCUCCAUUUUCACUCUGGCCUUCUAUGGCUUAGCACGCAUAGGCGAACUGGUUUAUACUAACUCGGUUACAGCCAAAAAUGUUCUGCAAAUAUCUGAUCUCCGUAUCGCCUAUCGUGGAGGAAUUCCAUACAGUAUUGAAAUCAGUUUUUCAAACUUCAAACACAAUUCUGCCAACCAAAUACACAAUGUCACAGUGAGUAGUCUUGAGAAAGACUCGAUCGUAUGCCCAGUAAAAGCCUUGCUGGGAUACUUGUCUGUGAGAGGGUCCAGCUCAGGAUCUCUGUACAUUCACAAAGACAAGCGCCCAGUGAUACGUAACUCUUUCGAUUCCAUGAUCCGCCGCUGUCUCCGAUUCUGCGAAUUAGACAGCUCCCUAUAUAAAGGUCAUUCGUUCAGAAUUGGGGGGGCAUCUUUAGCAGCAGAGCGGGGCAUGACCGAUGCACAGAUUAGAUUAUUAGGUAGAUGGAAGUCUGAUGCAUUUAAAAAGUACAUUCGGGCAGCUCCAUUAUACAGUGCUUAAUUACAACAUGGACAAAUUCUAGUAGAUCUAUAAUUUUGGCAUCAGCACAUAGAUUUAGGUUUUCUGCUGGCGCGUGGGCCCCAGCGGCCAAUCGUUACUACC